UGGACAUGGGCAUUGUGAAAAACGCUCCGGGGGCCGAGAAAACAUUGACUCAUAAACUCCAGUCAGAGUGGCCUGGUUGGCUCCCAGUCUUCACAGAUGCCUCCAAAUUUUCAGAUAAGAGCAAUGUUGGUCUAGCUGUCUGGCUUCCUAAGUACAAAAUUACCCUUAAUUUCAAACUCCCCCCUGAAUCCUCGGUCUUCACGGGCGAGGCUACCGCUAUUCUGGAGGCACUUCUGUACACUGAGUCUCACAAACUCAACAAAACUAUUAUUCUAUCAGACUCUUCUAGCUGCUUACACUCAAUUAUUUCAUUUCCUUUUAAAUCAAAAUCUAAAUUCCCUAUCAUUCUUCAAAUUAGACAAACUCUCUUCCGUUGCAAGACUCAGGGUAUAGAGGUGGCUAUUGCCUGGAUACCUGGCCACAGUGGCAUCAUUGGUAAUGAGUGUGCAGAUUCCUUCGCUAAGGAUGCCGUUAGCUUGGGCCUGGAUACUCAUUACCAUAAUUUUGCCCACGACCUUGCCUCGCUCGCAGGACCGAGGCUUGAUAAUUCCUGGAAGGAGUCCUGGGAAGCUUCCAGGAACAUUAAAGGUAUUAACCUUGUAAAUAUCUUUAAAUCUCCACCGUAAAGACAGCAAUUAACAUAGUGUGUACCUUAACACAAUCGUUUUUGGCCGAAUUUGCUGUGUUAGUCACACACGGCAUACAGCCACAAACAAAGAUUGAUUG